AUGCCCACGAACAACGUCGACCAGACCAUCCAACACUGGAAUACAGCUCUACAGAUCAUAUGUAUCAGCGCCACUACCAUUUGCGUUGCCCUCCGCGUUUACACCCGGAUGACCGUGCUCAACGGCCUAGCUAAAGAAGAUGCGGCUUGCCUGGGUGCCUGGUCCCUUGGCGUCGGCUACUCAGCCAUCGCACUAGCUAUGGGCUUCUAUGGAGGGGGUCUUCCGAUCGACGACGUGUCGGACCACGAUCAACGAAUUUUCCGCAAGACCGUCUACGGAACUAUGAUUAUCUACGGGCCCGCGGCCUACCUGACCAAAUUAUGCCUCCUGUGGAUCAUGACGCGGGUCUUCCGCCCCUUCCGAACGGCCGUGAUCCUGAUCUAUAUCUUUCUCGGUAUAAUGCUGGCCUACUAUGUCCCGGCAUUGAUUGUCAAGAUCUGUAUCUGCAACCCCAUCUCGAAGUUCUGGGCCCCGGCCACUCCCGGCAGUUGUCUGGACCAGUCCAAGAUCACGCUGGCCGAUGCGGUAAUCAGCGUCGCCAGCGAUCUGAUUGUUCUGAUCAUCCCACUGGCAUUGGUGUGGAAGGUACAUCUACCGACGCGAAAGAAGUUGCGCGUCAUAGCCCUCCUCGGUGCGGGCGGUCUCGCCUGCGCGUCCAGCAUCGCCCGGCUGGUGUUGAUCGUCACCACAGGAAAGUCCCAGGACAUCACAACGACGUUUAUGCGCAUCAACAUGCUCGGGAAUGCUGAGAUAUCUCUAGGCAUAAUCUGUGCCUGUCUUCCGGCCCUCUCGGCUCUCUUCGCCCACCUGUCCCACCAGCACACCCGUGCCCAUCCCUCGUACGAAUACUCCCAUGAGAGCUCGGACCAUUCUCGGCGCCGGGCCUUUUGGCGAAAGACGUCAGAUCAAGACGCGUUGGUCCAGCACGCCGAGACUAGUCCCCAAAUGCGGGCCAUCAUCUACGGGCACGGUGAGAAUUUUGGUAGUAGGGGGGAUGUCAUCGAAAUUCUCCGAACUGUGGAAAUAUCCACUGUGGUGACUACUGUUUGA